CGCCAGCAGAGUUGAGCCCCCCCCCCCCCUUCUGUUCUGUGCUCCUCUAACGGCGGCUACACACGCUGCUGUGUUGCAGACAGGCAGGACGUUACGGAGAGGACCAGAGACAGCUAGUGGACACAUUCACUGUGAUUAUACCCGGAGACCGAGACCCCGGAGGCCGGUGGACCCGCGGAGGGACCGGGCUGAGUGACACAGGUCCCGGUGUUCACGUUGUACACACCGAGGCGCGAUAUUGGAUCUUUCUUCAGGAAGGACCCUCAGCCUCGCACAGGGAUGUUUCUGUCCUGGGGCGGCAUGUAGGGGAUGUUAUCAUCUUGGAAAAGUAGAGGUUAGACAACUUUCUCUGUUUCUGGCCUCAGUUUGAUAGAGUUCAUAAACUCGCCAUAUCACUCUGUCGGCCGGGAGCCUAUGCUGUCCCUCAUGACAGCUCAUGACUUUUGAGAUCAAUUCUGGAACUAAUCCAAUAGGAUUCCCCCUCAGUUGCAUGGAAAACGUGUGUUCAAAGCAGUGCCUGCGAGAGGAGCUUCAGAGCUGUUCAACAUACCAUAUGUUGUGAGUGUGACUGUAAUUGGAAUGAUCAUUUAGCUCCAGAGCUGCCAGCCACUGCACACUGCUCUGUGUGUGAUCCGAGCUAUGCAGACUGACUGGAGCCACUCUCAGACAGCUCCUCUGCACACCCAGCUCUAAGGUGCUCUCACAGAGAGGAACUUUUACAGCUGAGGAAAGCUCCCUGCAAGCCUCGAUCCAGAGGGACGACUGGUGCGGAGUAGCAGAUGUUACACAGCUUUGUGUAUUAUGUGUGUAUGUGCGGAUUAUUCAGAUGCUGCUAUGCAGACAGAGUGGAGCCACAGAAAAUCUGCUUGUGAAGUUUGAGUAACUCUCCGGCUGUGCAGCCCCUGUCAGAGCACUCAGUUGAAGAAAUGUGUUGCACUGUUGGCAGCUGAAGUUUUCUUUAGGAGGGUUUUGUUGUUGCAGCAUUGAAAUAUUAUUUUAAACAAAAACUCGUACAGGUUAUGUAUAUUAUGAAUUGGUAACUUUCACAUAGACUGAGACCAACAGUUGUGCCUGAAAUACAUGGGAAAAUUCCCAUCUGACUUUUUUUUACAGUAAAGAAGCAAUGUUGUUCACUCCACUGACUUGUUGGUUACAUUAAUUGUUGGGAAAUGAAGAACCCUCAUUCGCUGAAUAAUACCUGGAAUAGAUCCAUUAACAAAGACGAAGUACUAAUGUCGGUGCCUGGCAGUAACAAGAAGUUCAAAAGAAAGUCUCAGGAGCCUAAAAAGCUUUAUAGUGGCCCCGAGUCCGACAGGAUGAAAACCCAAGCAGCCAACAUGUCGGAUGUGGACUCAGUGGAUGACACCCUGCCUGAGGCAUGUCACUUCAGCAGGUUGGCACCAUUAAGGAGACAGCUGAUCCUAUCACAAGAAGGGAUGGCCGGUUCUACAGCCCUUCUGUCAGAACUACCAGAGAGCGAAAUGUCUCCAGCCCAGGGGGGUGCCAUAGACAUGAGAAUUGGAACUAAUGUGCCUGCCAUCACUUCCAAACUGUCGCAGUUACCUGUUACCAGUUACUCUCACUCUGAGAUCUCCCAAUGGCCCACAUCCAUAUCCCAGCCUCUGUCCAACAGACUCAAACUGGGCCUUCGCCCCGCUUUCCUUCAAUCUACAUCGACCAGCAGCAGCCCCCCCCCCAGCCACCAGGCCGUCUCUCUGGAGCCCUGCCUGUCAGCUCAGGCUCUGUCUAUGGAGACCCAGCUCCACUCACCUAUGGAUUCUCCCAGGAAACAUGUUGGGGGUCACCAUGAGGUCAAAGCCGUCCAGCAGACCAGGAGGCUUCUAGCCAACGCCCGAGAGAGGACGCGCGUCCACACCAUCAGUGCUGCGUUCGAGGCCCUGAGAAAGCAGGUCAGACUCUCAGGCCAAACUAAAACACACAAACAACAAUUUAUGUAAAAGCUUAAACAAAACGCUCAAACAUUGCACAGAACUAAAUACAUAUAUUUUAAAGGUGGCUUCAAUAAGCAGAUGCUCGCUCUACUCUGCAGGAAAUAAGUCAAGAAAAUAUGUCACUAUCCGAGUCUGUAACUGAAAUGAAGCACAGUUUUCCUGAACAC